CAUAAUAGUCAUAUACAAUAGUCAUUCUCUAUAAUUGACCAAAUCAGCCGAAGCGCUCGAAAAAAAUAUCCCUGGUCGGUCCAAAACCCCGGCGUUCAAAAUUUUUCUGUGUUCAAAUUCUUCUUCUUUCUGCAAAAAUAAUGAAUUAUAAAUUUUCCUAUUAUGUAUUUCUCAUUUUUGCCAAUUCUCGAUCAGUCUCGAAUAUCGAGAGUAUCGAUAAUUCGAAAACGAUCAGGGCAUGAAUCCAUAGUGGCUACUCGAAUUUACAACAUAAUUUCGAACAUAACCUUGCCAUUUUCGUUGAAGUGAAGUGAUUGUGAAGUUUUUCAUAGUUAUAUAAAAAUAACAUAAAAACCAAUUUCUCUUAUUAAUUGACUAAACAACAUCAAUAAUUACGUGUAUAUAACUUAUAGAAAGUAUAAUUUUAACAUCUAAAGACGUGAAAAGUGUAAAAGUGAAUUUAUCAUUUCGGAAAUACGAUGUUUUUUGAUAAAAACAAAGAAAAUACCGUUACCAUAAUAAUAAUAAGACUCUGAAAGUCUUUGCUAUUAACCCGUUUUAUUAAACUGAUUAUUAAUUAAAUUUGACAAUUCGUUUACAUUAUUAUUACAAAUAAAUAAAGCAAAAUAAUAUAAAAAAUACUGAAUUUUGUUAAAAAGCAUUAAAUUUAGAAGUAACAAAUAUAAUAACAUAUCGAGCUAAUAUGAUAGAUAUGCUGUUUACUGCUAACUAAAAUAAUAACACGUACAGAAAUGUGGGCAACAAAUGCUUUUGUUAUUCAUAAGAUGUGCGUAACUUGCUCGCUACGAAAUGAAUAGUAUUGUUAAAAAAGUAGUAUUAAGUUUGGUAUUUGUAUUGCUAUAUGCAUCCCUUAUUAGAAACAUUGGGCGCCACAUUUGUCUACUUAAACAAUAGAUGCAUUUGGCGCCGUAUAGCAUUAUGUUCUUAUAAUUGCCAGACGCAAUAUUCUAGAAGGACACUCUGGCGUCAGCGAGGAGUGCGUGGCUAUAUAAGCCAUGGCAGCGCCAACGUGAUCAUCCAGUUCUAAGACUAAACUGCUAUAGUGUAGACGAAUUGCGAAAUAAAGAGAUUUUGUUAAAUUGAAUUUAACGGUUUGUGGUUUUAUUUGUCAAUCCGGAGGUACGAACCUAGUAAAGUAAACUAGUAAGCAGUAAAAUCGCAACAAUUGGUGUCAGAAGUGGGAUUGUCAAAUAAUCCAAAUUCAAGAUGGUUAAAUUCGGAGAAUUGAGAAUUCAGCAAUUAAAAAAGGAACUGGAGGAGCGUAAUUUGCCGAUAAGCGGGCAAAAGGCGGAUCUGCAGGCACGAUUACGUGAAGCAAUGGAAGCGGAUGGAAUUAAUGUGGACGAGUUCGAAUUUGAUGGGCCAGAAACUUCUACAAAGGUAGAAGAAAAAGUAGAAGAACAACGAGCAUCAUCAAGUGCAGACAUGAACAUGCUGUUAGUGGCUUUUAAGCAAAUAAUAGCUGAAAAUAUAUCACAAAUAACAGAAAAUGCAGUGCAAACAGAAAAUCGUCUGGCACAGCAAAUAGCCGAGAAUGUAGUGCAAACAGAAAAUCGUCUGGCACAGCAAAUAACGCAAAUAGCUGAAAAUACAUCACAGUUAGAGUCUCGCCUUACACAACAAAUGACUGAAAAUAAUACGCAGUUAGAAAAGCGUUUGGCACAACAGAUUACAGAAAAUAAUACACAAGUGCAAGAGAAAUUUUCAAAAUUUGAAGACGAAUUAAGCACUUUAAAAAAUGACGAAGAAAAUUUAAAAUCAGAAGUUCUUCAGUUAAGUAAUCGUGUGCGAGAACUGCAACUACAUGGCCCUGCACCAUCAACAAAUAAUCAAAGAUUGAAGGCACCCACAUUCGAUGGAAGUAUUCCAUUUCAAAUUUUCAAACUUCAGUUUGAAAAGACAGCAAUGGCCAAUAACUGGAAUGCAGCGGACAAAGUGGCGUCCUUGUUUGUAUCAUUGAAAGGACCUGCGGCAGAAAUCCUUCAGACUAUUCCAGACUGUGAACGGGACAACUAUGAGGCAUUGAUGAGUGCGAUAGAAAGACGAUAUGGUAGUGAGCACCGGAAACAAAUAUACCAGAUCGAACUGCAAAAUAGGGGUCAGAAAAUGAACGAGUCAUUGCAAGAGUUCGCAACUGAAAUAGAACGACUGGCUCAUUUGGCAAAUGCAGAUGCACCUGUGGAUUACAUUGAGAGGGUAAAAAUUCAAUGUUUCAUAAAUGGAAUUCGUGAUGUGGACACCAAACGCGCCACAUAUGCAUUGCCAAAAAGAACGUUUGCUGAAACGGUUUCGCACGCCCUCACACAGGAAACAGCUUCCCUACUAAGUAAACCAGCACCCAAAGUACAAAGGGUUGAAAUGGAACAACCGGCGCUGAUGGAAGAAAUAUUGAAGACUCUGAAGACAAUUGCUGCACAGCGAGUAAAUACAACAGGCAGAUGUUUCAACUGUGGAAAAGCGGGUCACUUUGCCCGUAAUUGCAAUAUAAGGGUAAACCCAUCAAAACGGAAUCAACCAACAGAACACCGAAAGAGGAUUCACCACAAAAAUGCGGAUGCAUUAUCACGUCGCCCUUGCCCACUGGAAUGUAAACAUUGCUCCAAAUCAGAAGGAAAAGAAGGUAUAAUCGACGUGCGAUUACUGAAUAUAGAACCUGAAGAUGAUUGGACUCCUCACCGCAUCAGAAUCAAUCAGCUGGAGGACCCUGAUCUUGCAAAGCUGAUAAUAGAAUAAUAGA